AUGUCCGGAACUAUGGUGACGCAGAGCGCGUCGCCGGAUGCGACCUUCGCCAAGGUGCUGGCCAACUACCACUCGAAGUACGCCGAGGCUGGUCCGUCAUCCGCUCAGCUCGACUCGCCGAUUCGCUACGACGUUGUCCUGGAUGAGGAGAGCGGCAUGAUUUCGGCUCUCAUGGGCAGUCUGGAGGAGACCGGAGAGAUGCCUCCGGAGGUGUUCGAAUCGCUCAUGCUGGAGCACCGAACAUGGGCGCUGAUUCGAGCGGUGUACGAAAACCGGUUGCACCGUGCGGACCCGGAGUUCGUCCCGCCGUCAUCCGAGGAGCAGAUCGCGCAGAACCCGUACACACCACCGGAAGCGGCGGCGCAGACGAUCGUGAACGAGGACUCUGAGCUGUCGCUCUGGGCGACGCUGCUGGACCACCUGCAGAGCCGACCUUUGUUUUCGUCCCCGCCGCCAAUUGAGGCGCGACACGGAUACCUCCCCUCGACGCUGAGGAAGGUUAAGAAGGCGCGGCUGGACGGAAAGGACACGCCGAGCCUCGACCCCGACUUCACGCUGCGCGACCCGCACGGCCAGGCGCUCGCGGGCGAGGACGAGACGUAUCAGACCCCGCUACUCGAGACGCUCUGGGAUCUGGUCCGACACGGCGAGCUCGACCAGGCAGUGACAGUGUGUGACGAGGGCGCGAAGGAGAGCCCUGAGGCGACGGCACUGACCGGCAACCGGUCACGGGCGUUAUGGAAGAAGAGCUGUCGAGCAAUCGCGAAGAACGCCGAGCGAGCACUGUACGCUGCGCUGAUUGCGGAUCUGCCGACGCUUCUGCCAGCGUGCGAGUCGUGGGAGGACUACCUCUGGGCGCACAUCCAGUACCGACUUGAGGCGCGGAUCGACCGGAAGUGGCACUCUCUCGGCGGAUUCUGGGAGCAAGAGGACGCCCUGAUCGGCAACGACGACGAGGGUGCGACAGAUGUCGGCCGCGGAGGGCUGGAGGAGGUAUUCGCCUCUCUUGCGUCGGUGCAGAGCGGCUCCGUCGCCGCAGCGUCGCAGAACCCCUAUUACGUCGCGCAGAAGAUGGUGAUCCUGGGCCGCGCACCCGUGCUGCUGAACACGUUCGCGGACCGCCUCCCAACACUGGCAGACAGCGUGGCGCCCGACCUGAUCGGUCCCCUCGUGCGCUUCUUCACGCACCUCGUGCUAGUCCUACGCUCUCUCGGGCAGGACGUGCCCGAGGACGCGGCUAACGACAUCAUCAAAGCCUACCUGCACAUCCUGGAGCGUGGGGGCAACGACGCGCUCGUGGCGGCGUACGCAGCCUGCCUGCGCGAGGGCAACGGAGAGCAGAGCUACGCGCGAUUCCUGCGCGCGAUGGAUCCCGACGCGCCCUUCGAGCAGAAGAAGCAGGCGCUCCUGCGCGCGCAGGCGCAUCACCUCGACACGGCCGUGAUUGCCAAGGAGACAGUGCGCAUGAUUCUCGACGAGGCGUUCUCGUCCAUCCCCGCACUUGUCCCAGGAGAGCCAGAGAUCAACUGGCUCUCGUCGCUCUCCGAGCGGGACGUGCACCUCAUCCGCGCCAUCGAGUGGCUCACCAUGGUCCUCGAGACGCUGCCCGAGGCCCUCGUCCGCUCCAACGACGUUAUGCGCUACUUCCUCGCGCUGGGGCAGGCGAAUGCCGCCCACGCCCUGCUCCGCUCCCUCCCCAGCCAGCUUGAGGCGGUGCGCGCCGACGACGAGACGCAGUCGGACGAACACCACGACUAUGUCCAGCUGUUCCAGCUCUUCAGCGCGCACGACGCCGUGGACGAGGUCGCGGGCCGCGCGCCGAAGGAGACGGCCGGCCGGGUUGAGCAGCAUAACUGGGCCAAGAAGCUUAAUGCCCUUAUUGACGACGUCGCGGCCCAGACCCGGGCGCUCCUCACGAGCUCCUGGCUCCAAUUCCCCUCUCGCGACCGCUCGCUCUACGCCUCCCAGCGACGGAAGGAGCUCGCGCGCAUCCGCCAGAUCUUCAUCCCCUACCUCGUCCUCAGGCUGCACCAGAUGCUCGUGCAGUACUCUGACCGCACGCCGCGUUUCCUCCAGGAUGCGCUUGAGAUGGCCUCGCUCGUUGCGGCUGAGGACUGGCGGGUGUAUGAUGAAUUUGUCGCGGCGGGCUCGCUUGAGCGCUAUCUUGAGAGGAUGAGGGAGGCGAGCAUGCUCGCGCUCAAGCGGGGGAGCACGGAUGCCUUUGUCGUCAGGCAGUAG